CAAACCCUCUUCUCUAAUCGAGCUCCAUCGUCUCUGCAUCACUCGAUCGAUCGGAGAUCAGCUCGGAACCAUCUAAGAUCGAAGAAAAUAUGAAAGCUUUCGGCUAAUUAUAGUCUUAUUCGAGUCUUUUGGCUUAAUUUAUAAGUUCAAACAAGAUGGCUGCGCCUGCGCCUUCGCAUAAUGUCGAAUUGGAGGCGGCGAAGUUUCUGCACAAACUCAUCCAAGAUUCUAAAGAUGAACCAUCUAAAUUGGCCACUAAACUUUAUGUGAUAUUGCAACACAUGAAGUCGAGUGGGAAGGAGCACUCCAUGCCAUAUCAAGUAAUAUCGAGGGCCAUGGAGACCGUCAUCAAUCAACAUGGUCUUGAUAUUGAAGCUUUGAAGUCGUCACGCCUUCCUGCUGCUAGUGGAACUCAAGCAGCUGAUUCUGCAACCACGCAAUUUGGAGGGUCUUCCCAAACUGUAGGGGCUGCAAAAGAUUCCAAAGUGGGGUUGCCUGAAAAUGAGGUUUCCAAAAUGGAUCCCUUUGCUUCAAGCAGACCACCUGUUGGUCCAAGUAGUACAGGACAUGAUUAUUUUCAAGGGCCUGGAACUCAUCGGAGUAGUCAAUCUUUUGACCAUGAAAGUCCAUCCAGUUUGGACUCUAGGUCAGCUAAUUCACAGUCACAGGAAAGGCAAAAUCAAAAGGAUGGCAAGAAGACCACCACUAAGAGAAAGAGGGGAGAUACAUCAGUAACUGCAGAACCACAAAAUGACAAUGCUCAGCAACUUGAUGCUCGUAAUACAGGAGUUAAUCCAAGGAAGGGAAAGAUGAGCAAAGUUGAAUCUUCUUCUGGUUUUGCUAUCAAAGGCGGUGAGCGUGCUAAUUUUAAUAUUCAUCCGGGUAGCAGCCCUAUGGAACAAUUCACAUCAUUAUCUGGUGGUAUGAGACCUUUGGUUAGGCCCAAGCCAGAGGGUCAAACUUUGACAGAAAAACAGUUAGAUCCGGCAAGCAUUAACAAUUCCAUGACUAGGCCUCCCAAUUCAAAAUUCCCUGAAGAAACAGAAGUUUCCUCCGGUCAUAAUCCCCUGUCACAGCAGCAAGUACCUUCUGUGGGUCAUGACCAUAUGGGCUUAUGGCAUCAAAAUAAAACUGGGUUGCAAUUUGAAAAAUUUCAGGUUCCUCGGUUUUCUUCUAACAUUGUUCCUGGAAAUGCAGAAAUUCCACUGCAGUCGGCUGCUCCAUCUCUUGGAACAGGCUCUUUUGGAAAGGUUCAUGGAGGGGUUCCUGUAGCUUCUGGUUCAUUUCCAACAACAGAACAAGGAUUCUCAAGUCCAAUGCAUUUUGGUGGUUCAAGCCUCACCACUGGAAAGGUUUUGGAGCAUGAUGGUGGAAGUUCAAAUAAGUUGGCUGAUGCAGGGAAACUUGCUCAGGCUGGCAGACAAAACAAUGUAUCUGAAAUGAAUAUGCUUAGAAGUGCAACACCUAGAGAUACAGGAAAAUCUCCUGUAUCUGCUGGGAUGGCUUUCAAGGAGCAACAAUUGAAGCAGCUGAGAGCCCAGUGCCUUGUCUUUUUAGCUUUCAGAAAUGGUUUGAUGCCGAAGAAGCUGCAUCUUGACAUUGCACUUGGAAACAUCUUUCCUAAAGACAGUGGUAGUGCUGAGGGAUCUCGUAAGGAGUUGGUUGACCCUAAAGGAAAAGUACAAUCUUCUAGCGAACCCAAUAAUGUGCCGGAGAUGACAAUGCCAUUUGGAAAGAUGACCAAUGCAAGGGAAACUGAUAAAAUGCCUCCAGGCACCUCCUCUAUUGUUGGAAGAUUCCAAGAUGCGGAGUCCUUAUCUAAAGAAGCUGGGAACUCAAAGAUGGAGGAGAAAAGUGUGCAACCCUCUGACCAUUCUGUUUUUUCUGAUGAAAGAAAACAUUUCCGAACUUCAAGAAAACCAGAUGCUGAAAUGCAGAUUCAGGAAUCCACAGGUUCACAGGCCGGCCUAACAAUGGCAUCACAGCAUGAUUCUUCUGGUGUGAGGACUGGUUUAGUUGUUAGUGCUCCUGGGGACAAAAUGGAAAAUGGCCAUCUUCAAGUUGGAAGGGCCAACCAAGCUGUCUCCAUAAUGGCUGUGAAUAAGCAGACGAGCUCUGAAAUAGUUGGCUGGACCGCAGUUGGUAAUCAUGAUGAGGUUUCUAGGGGAGUUCUUCCAGCAUCGUCUGUUCAGCAUGAUUUGGUGCCUGAAAGAAAAGACAAUGCACCUAGUCAAGUCCAAAAACUUAUCAAUACUGCUAGUUCAGGGAAUGUACGUGUUGAUAAUAAUUUAUCUUCUCUUUCCUUGAGAGAUCGCUGGAAACCAGUUUCUGGAAUUGACAAUAAUCAUCAUGCAAUACAUAUGUUGAAGGAUGCUAAUAUGAUGCCAAAACAUGGAUUACAAGAACAAUUAGAGGACAGUACCUUUGUACACACUGAUUUGCCACCUUCUCCAAAGUACACGAUGUCGGAAAAGUGGAUUAUGGAUCACCAGAAAAGGAAACUCUUGGAUGAGCAAAAAUGGGUUCUGAAACAGCAGAAGACAAAGCAAAGAAUUGCGACUUGUUUUCACAAGCUAAAGGAGAAUGUGAGCUCAUCUGAAGACAUAUCUGCAAAAACAAAGAGCGUCAUAGAACUCAAAAAGCUGCAGCUCUUAGAGCUCCAACACCGACUGCGGAGUGAUUUUCUGAAUGAUUUUUUUAAACCAAUCACUCCUGAAGCCGAUCGCUUGAAAUCUUUGAAGAAACAUAAACAUGGUAGGAGAAUAAAACAACUGGAAAAGUUUGAGCUGAAAAUGAAGGAAGAGCGACAAAAGAGAAUCCGAGAGAGACAGAAGGAGUUCUUUGGUGAGAUAGAAGUUCACAAGGAAAAACUGGACGAUGUAUUUAAGUUCAAGCGAGAACGCUGGAAGGUUUUCAAUAAAUAUGUGAAGGAGUUCCAUAAAAGGAGGGAACGCAUUCAUCGGGAAAAGAUUGAUAGAAUCCAGCGUGAAAAGAUUAAUUUAUUAAAGAUCAAUGAUGUGGAGGGUUAUUUGCGGAUGGUGCAGGAUGCCAAAUCAGAUCGUGUAAAGCAACUUCUCAAAGAGACAGAGAAAUAUCUUCAAAAGCUAGGAUCCAGGCUGCAGCAGGCAAAGUCUACGGCAACGCGGUUUGAAAAUGAUAUGGGUGAGACAGGAACCGGAAGCUUUCCUGACAAGAAUGAAACAGCUAUUGAAAAUGAAGAUGAAAGUGAUCAGGCAAAGCAUUAUCUGGAAAGCAAUGAAAAGUACUAUUUGAUGGCUCAUAGUAUAAAAGAGAGCAUUGCAGAGCAGCCAUCGUGCCUUCAGGGUGGAAAAUUGAGAGAGUAUCAAAUGAAUGGUCUGAGGUGGUUGGUUUCACUAUACAAUAACCAUUUGAAUGGCAUUCUGGCUGAUGAAAUGGGCCUCGGUAAAACUGUUCAGGUUAUUUCCUUGAUCUGUUACCUGAUGGAAACCAAAAACGAUAGAGGACCUUUUCUAGUAGUUGUGCCAUCUUCAGUUUUACCUGGGUGGGAGUCAGAGAUAAACUUCUGGGCGCCCACUGUGCAUAAGAUCGUCUAUUCUGGACCUCCAGAGGAGAGGCGUAAAUUAUUUAAGGAAAGAAUUGUGCAUCAGAAAUUUAAUGUUCUUCUGACGACAUAUGAAUAUCUGAUGAACAAGCAUGACAGACCAAAGUUAUGCAAGAUUCACUGGCAUUAUAUUAUAAUUGAUGAGGGCCAUCGUAUCAAGAAUGCUUCUUGCAAGCUAAAUUCGGACUUGAAGCAUUAUCAGAGUUCUCACAGAUUGUUGCUAACUGGAACUCCGCUCCAGAACAAUCUUGAGGAGUUAUGGGCACUAUUAAACUUUUUGUUGCCUAACAUAUUUAAUUCAUCUGAAGAUUUUUCUCAGUGGUUCAACAAACCAUUUGCGAGUAAUGGUGAUAAUUCAGCGGAUGAAGCCUUGCUUUCUGAGGAGGAAAAUCUUUUGAUCAUAAAUCGUCUUCACCAAGUGCUUCGACCAUUUGUACUUCGGAGGCUGAAACACAAGGUGGAAAAUCAACUACCUGAGAAGAUUGAGAGACUUAUAAGAUGUGAGGCUUCUGCUUAUCAGAAGCUUCUGAUGAAGAGAGUGGAAGACAAUCUUGGGUCCAUUGGAAGUACAAAGGUUCGGUCGGUUCACAACUCUGUUAUGGAGCUUCGUAACAUAUGCAAUCAUCCCUAUCUCAGCCAGCUUCAUGCAGACGAGGUUGAUACGUUUAUACCGAAACACUAUCUUCCACCUAUUAUUAGACUUUGUGGGAAGCUUGAGAUGUUAGAUCGACUAUUGCCAAAGCUAAAAGCAACGGAUCACAGGGUUCUUUUCUUUUCCACAAUGACUCGGCUACUUGAUGUUAUGGAGGAAUAUCUCAACUGGAAACAAUAUCGGUACCUACGGUUGGAUGGGCAUACAUCUGGCAGUGAUCGUGGUGCCCUUAUUGAAAAUUUCAACCAGCCUGAUUCACCAUUUUUCAUAUUUCUUUUGAGUAUUCGGGCUGGUGGUGUUGGAGUAAAUCUUCAAGCUGCUGAUACAGUGAUCAUAUUUGACACCGACUGGAACCCACAGGUGGAUUUGCAAGCACAGGCAAGGGCUCAUAGAAUUGGCCAAAAGAGGGAAGUUCUUGUUCUGCGGUUUGAGACAGUCCAAACUGUUGAAGAACAAGUCAGAGCUUCAGCUGAACAUAAACUUGGAGUGGCUAACCAGAGUAUUACUGCUGGUUUCUUUGAUAAUAAUACAAGUGCUGAAGAUCGAAGGGAAUAUCUGGAGUCCCUUCUGAGAGAGUGUAAGAAAGAGGAAGCUGCACCUGUAUUAGAUGAUGAUGCUCUGAAUGAUAUCUUAGCCCGCAGUGAGUCAGAGAUUGAUGUCUUUGAAUCUGUUGACAAACAAAGGCGGGAAGCAGAGAUGGAAACAUGGAGAAAGCUGGUAUGUGAACAGUGGACUGAUAAUUCUGAAACUUUACCUCCCAUGCCUUCUCGUCUUGUUACAGACGACGACCUGAAGGAAUUCUAUGAAGCCAUGAAGAUAUAUGAAGUACCAAAAUCUGCUGUGGUGUCAAAUGUUGGGGUGAAGCGGAAGGGUCAGUAUCUUGGGGGUCUCGAUACUCAACACUAUGGAAGGGGCAAAAGGUCAAGAGAGGUUCGUUCCUAUGAAGAACAGUGGACAGAAGAAGAGUUCGAAAAAUUGUGUCAAGUUGACUCCCCUGAAUCUCCUUCUAAACCAAAGGAAGAAAUUACAGAUGCGAAAUUGCCAAAAGAUGCCAGUCAGGCUGUAGUGGCUGCAGUCAAGACAGAAGAACUUCCAGCUUCACCUGUCGUGCACCCACCACCACCACCACCACCACCACCACCACCACCACCACCACCACCACCACCACCACCACCCCCCGCUGUGCAGCAACCAAAUUUGCAGCAGAACAAAGACGUAACUCCACCAGCCAAGCGAGGUCGUGGCAGACCGAAAAGGGUAACAAUAGAUCAAUCAUCAAGUGCAGUGGCUCAAGCACCUUCUGGACCUGGCAAGGUGGAUCCAGGUUUACCGAGAGGAGCAGUAGCUUCCUCUGAAAAAAAUUCUCGUGCAGAUUCUUUGCCAGGAGGUGUCAGUGGGACCACACAUCAUGUUAGUGCAGGGAUGAUUCUUAGCCCUCAACCGGUCACUCCCCUCUCUGUUACUCCUGGUUCUCAAUCAAGUGCUGCUGGCUCCUCUGUGCCCGCUCAAGUACGGGGACCAGGUCGGAGAACCCAAAGUGGAACAGAAGCACCUAGACGACGGGGGAAAAAACAGGGGCCAGUAACACCUACUGUUACUGGUGCUUUAGUCUGUCCAGAUCCAAAGCCAAAUGAGUCUAUACAGAAUAAACCUGUGAAUUUGUUAGGAAAUCAUGCUGUUGUCAUGACUGGAACUGUGGCUUCUAUUCCUACAGCCCAAGGUCCUGAUUCUUUAUCGGGAACUGUGGCUACUAUUCCUACAGCCCAAGGUCCUGAUUCUUUAUCUGAUUCUGCUACUUUACAAGGUACUGGUGGAACUGAUCCUCGUCCUGCUGCAGGCGUUGUCUUAAAUUCUCUGCCUGCCCCUCCACAAAUUGUUGCCCCUGGUUCUGUAUCUUCUCCAUGCCCUUCUACUCCUGUGCAAACGAAAGGGCAAAGCCGGAAGACUCAGAGUGGUGGGUCUGGACCUCGGCGUAGGGGAAAGAAGCAAGCACUAAUGUCCCCCCCUGUUCCUGUUGUGUCAGCUGGCGAGGAUUUAAAACCCACUUUGGAAUCACAGAAUAAGACAGAGGGUUCAUCACAGGGUAACAACAUGAAGAGUAAGCAAGAAAAUGCUCAGGAACCAACAAAGAUAAGCCAGGGGCAAGUGGCUCAAGUAUCUGAAGGUGUGGCAAGUCAAGAUCUAAAAUCAACCGAACAAUCAGUUGACGUAGCUCGAGGAAACCAGACAGAUGGCUCAGCAACCACGCAUGAUAGUGCAAGCACAUCCCUAGGCCCUGCCUUGGGAGAAAGUCAAAGUGCUGGUGUGUGCGUUGCUGCUUCUGCAGUAAAGGAGGCUUUGCUUGAAAAUUGCUCAUUUAAACCUGAAACGGGUAAACUUCCAGGAAAUGAAGUUCUGGUUGCUCCAGCUGCAAAUUUAUUGGGUAACACGGUCCCUGAGGGCAUUAAGAACCAACGUUUGGAGGAUAAGUCUCUUCCAGCUACAUCUACUUCGAAUAGUGCUGCUUCAACUGCUUCUUUCCACAGUUUUAGUGCCACAGAAGGUAUCAUGAAGCAUCUUGUUUCCACAAACAUUGCUAUCAGCCCUCAGUCUACCACUAGUUACGCUUCUGUUCCUCCAGCCUCACAACCUAUCCCUCCUUGCCCGACUGAACCCAUGCCACCUAAAAGGCAAGGUCGAAAGACUCCGAGUAGAGCAGAAGCACCCCGUCGCAGAGGAAGGAAACAGGCUGCGGCAUUUUCUGCUGUAUCUGAUGGUUCAGUUAGUCAGGAUUUAAAAUUAAGUUCUCAGCCCCAGAAUAGAACUACUGAUAGUUUGGGUGGUAAAUCUGGUGUCCUGAGAGGUAAGCACGGGACUGAAGCACAGGAACUAGCUAAUGUUAUGCAGGCUCAAACAAGUGAAGUCCAUCUGACGACUGGUGUUCAUGAUACAAAAAGGAAGGAUCAGUCCAGCCAAACUCUGCAAAUGAAGCAGCUGCUAAACCCUCCAGUAAUAGUUGAUAGUGCUGCUGGAUCCUCUGAUAAAAACUCCGUUCUUGGCCGAAUCCAGACAGCUGAUGUAAAUGAUGUUGCCCGUGUGAUGAAGGAGGUAUUUUCAGGAACUCGCUUGUCGAGGACUAAAACUGCCGAGACUUCUGGGAAAGAAGGUAGGGUUGGCCCUAAUGUUCCUUCAAGUAAGACUGGUUCAGAAGUGGCCAAAAAUAAAACUUCGGAGGCAGCAGCUUCUGUAUCUGACGUUCCAGUGAAGUAUGACAAUCAAUCCGACACAAAAGCAGAGGGGAUAAGUACUUCUGUUUCAAAUGAGACCUCUGCGCAUACAACUGAUGUGGGAAAACCUGAAAUCAUGACCACUGCAGUCAUUUCUGAAAAAGUGGCUGAUUCAGCUGAACUUGCUCAACAAGAUGCCAUUAGGGUCGGUAGUACAAAAGCCUCUGGUGCUGCUUCCCUUGCUACUGAAGAAAAGUGUGAAAAUCUUUCUCAGGUACAACCUCCUGCUGCGGAUCUAUCUUUGUCUGUGACAACUGGUAAUGAGUUGAAUUCAUCUUUGGUAUCUGCAACUGCCAUGGAGCUUGUGGUGACUCCAACUGUUUCUGAAAAGAAAACUGAACCUUUGUCAAAAGAGUCUUCAAAAUCUUCUCACCUUGAUGUUAGUGGUAAAGAAGUACAGCCUCCAUCAAAAGAGUCUACUAAACCUUCUGUUGAUAUUGGAAUCCAUGAGAAUCCCAUAUGUACUGUUUCUCUAGAUCAUUCUGGCACCGUUAACUUGCAGGAUGGCUGCUUUGACAAGUUUGAUUUGCCGUCCAUGGAAACUGAAGCUGUUAACUCUGAUGAAACCAUGGCUGCCGGCACAGAAUGUUCAUCAAAAGGUGAUGGUCUUGGAUCUGGUGAUACUGCCUCCAAGUUUUCCAAUUUGCAUGAUGCUUCUUCUAAUAACAGAAGCUUAGAGCGUCAAUGUGUUGAUAUCAGUAACAAAGGGGAAACCACCUCAGAGCCUGUGGACUCGGUUGCUGCUGAAAAAUCUGGUCACACUGAGCUUAUCUUAGAAGAUCAUGUCGGAAUGCCACUCUCAGAGGAUGGUCAAAGCAUUGGUGGUGGUGUGGCUGAAGUUUGCAACAUGCAAGUGGACCCUUCCGAGAGUGAUAAGCCUGAUAUUUCUAUUGUUGGUACAGUAUCUGAAAAACUAUUUAAAGAUGACUCUAGUGUUGGUGGUACUUCAUCAGAAAAUUUGUUAGAGGAGACAAUUUUGCCUUCUUCCUCGGCUACAGAAGAGAAUUUUGAUAACUCUCAGAAAAUUCGAGUUGGCAGCUCUGGAUCACUUGAGGAGCCAAAAGGUUCUGCUAAACAUAGUGAUCAACUGGAUGUUUCCGCUAAACAUAGUGAUCAACUGGAUGUUUCCGACGGUGGUUGUGUGUCAAAAAAUGGAUCAGAUCACUUGCCUCCUUCUUCAGUGGAUGGGGCAGAAAAGGUUGAGGGUUCAUAUGAGAAGGGGCCAAUUCACAGUUCAGCACCUCUAGAGGCAACAAAGGGCUCUGAAGCGGAGAUUGAUGAUUCCUCUACAGGUGGGAAGAUUUCUACAACAACACCAGAACCUUCUUUGUUAGUGCCAGAAGAUAAGAUUGAAAAUCCAUCAGAGAAGGAUCCAGGUUGCAGCUCAGUACUUGCAGAGGAACUAAAAGAUUCUGAAGCACAGAUAGGUGAUCAGUUGGACUCCUCUUCAGCUGGGGAGAUUUUGCCAGAACAUACUCUACUGCGCUUAUCUUCUUUAGAGUCGGAAGGAGAAAAGAUUGAUUGUCUAUCUGAGAAGAGUCCACUUUGCAGCUCAGUUCCUGAAGAAACGAAAGAUUCAGAAGCUAAAAUGGAUGUUCAGUUAAAUUCAUGUGAGGAUGAAGGGGUUUUGCCCGGAAAUAUUUUAGAGCCUUCAGCUUCUUUGGAUGCAGAAGGGGAAAUGAUUAAAUGUCCUUCUGGGAUGGAUCCAGUUUGCGGCUCUGUUUCUAUGGAGGAACAAAAAGAUUCAGGAGCUGUAAAGGAUGAUCAAUUGGAUUCAUACGAUGGCUCUGGGGUUCUGCCUCAAAAGGAUUCAGAGCCUCCAUCCUCUUUAGAGACAGGAGAAAAUAUUGGCUUUCGAUCUGAGAGGGAUCCAGCUUGCAGCUCAGUUCCUCUUGAGGAACCAAAAGUUUCGGAAGCUGAAACGGCUGUUCAACUUGAUUCACACGCUGAUGGUGGGUGUUUGCCUGAAGAGAUUGUGACAGGGCCUUCACCUUUUGUAAAGUCAAGUGAUCAAAAGAUUAAGGGUUCACCUGAGCAGGAUCUAACUUGCAGCACAGUGCCGGAAGAAACAAAAGAUUCUGAAGUUGAAAGGGAUGCUCAACCUCUGAAGGAUCCUGAAGAUUCUGAUGGAAAGAUGGUUCAAACUGAUUCGUCUCAGGAUGACAGGAUAUUGCUAGAAAAUGUUAUGCCAGACGAUACAUGUCUUCCGGCCUCUUCAAUAAUAGAGGAAGAAAAGAUAGAGGGCUCUAGUGAGAAGGGCGUGGACAACCUGUCUGUUGAACUUGAAGGGUCAAAAGAAGUUGAAAAUGAGACGGAAAAUAAAAUGGAAACAUUACAGGUUGGUGGAAAUAUUCCAGAAAAGAUGGAUUCAGAAACUCUGGGUCUACCUUCAUCUUCUUUGGUGGUAGAGGAAGAAAAGACUGAGGUCUCUGCUUAUAAAGAAAAGUUGAACGAAUUAAGAGGUUCUGAAGCUGAGUUUGGUGAUGUGGAUCCAUCCCUAACUGGUGGAGUUCCUGGAAAAAAUUCACAACUCGUGAAUAGACCUUUUUCUCCCUUGGCUACAGAGGAAGGAAACAUUGGCUCACCUCCAAAGCUUGCAGUUGGGAGUUUAGUAGAAAUGAAAGAAUUAGAAGGUUCUAAAGAAGUUGCUGAUCAAAUGGACACAGAUGAAGUUGCUGAUCUAAUGGACACAGAUGAAGUUGCUGAUCAACUGGAUGCUUCUAAGAUUGGUGAUUUGGACCAAGAAAAUACAUCAGUAACUGUGGCACCUUCGUCUACCUUACAAGAAGAAGAAAAUAUCAAGGGCUCAUCUGAGUUUAUUCCAGUCAGCAGCUCAGCACCGGUGGAUGAAUCAAAUACUAAAGAUGCUGAAAUGACUUACCAGAUGGAUGAACCUGAGGUUGCUGGCUCUUCAUUGCCGGCAGAAGAUACUGUAUCAGAAAAAGUGGAUCAGUCUUCUACGCAGGAAAAUAAAGAAAUUGAGGGCCCAUCUGAGAAGAACCAAGCUAGCAGCCCUGUAUCAGAAGAAGUGGACCAGCCCCCAUCUACGCAGAAAAAUGAAGAGAUUGAGGGCCCAUCCGAGAAGAACCAAGCUAGCAGCCCUGUAUUGGAAAAAGUUGAUCAGCCUUCAUCAACACAGGAAAAUGAAGAGAUUGGAGGCUCAUCCGAGAAGAACCAGUCUAGCAGCCCUGUAUCAGAACAAGUGGAUCAGCCUUCGUCUACACAGGAAUUUGAAGAGACUGAGGGCUUGUCCGUGAAGAACCAAGCUAGCAGCCCUGUCCCACAGGAAAAUGAAGAGAUUGAGGGCCCAUCUGAGGGCUUGUCCAUGGAGAACCAUGCUAGCAGCCCUGUCUCACAAGAAAAUGAAGGGAUUAAGUGCCCAUCUGAGGGCUUGUCCAUGGAGAACCAUGCUAGCAGCCCUGUUUCACAAGAAAAUGAAGGGAUUAAGUGUCCAUCCGAGAAGAAGCAAGCUAGCAGCCCUGUAUCAGAAAAAGUGGACCAGCCUUCAGCUACGCAGGAAAAUGAAGAGAUCGAGGGCCCAUCUGAGAUUAACCAAGCUAGCAGCCCUGUCGCAGCGAUGGAAUUGGAGGGUUCUGAAGCUGGGGUCAAUGAUCAAACAGAUGCAUCCCAGGCUAGCAUGGUGUUGCGAGAAAAUGAUAUUCCAAGUAAUAUUGACCUGCCCACAUCUUCUGUUGCGAUCGAGGAGAUGGAGGGAAAGAUGUCCGAGGAGAAGGAGGAUGUGUUGAGCAGCUCAUCAGUAUUAGAGGCAUCACAAGGAAGUACAUCUGAGUUGGCGAAUCCGGUUGAUGAUUCUCGAGAUUCUGGGAUGGCAUCGGAUAUUGUGCUCGAAAACAUGGAUCAGCCUCAACAGUCCCAAGCUACAGAUGGCGAUAAUGAAAUGACAGGAGCGCCUGAGAAAUCAGAAUCAGAAGUUAAAGCGGGAGUCGCUUCUCCUAGUUGUGAUAUGGUGCCCGAGAGUCCCAAGUUGAUUAGUUGAAUGUAUUAGUUUGUUGUACAGCUACAGUAGGGAUUAUAUUUUUGGAGCAACGGUUCUUCCAUAACCCAGUUAUAGAAUCUAUUAAAUUAAGAAUUGUUAUUGCCCUGUAUAAAAUUCAUAAUAUAUUUUUACCCUCACCAGUUAUAUAAUGAGAGAUUAUUUGUACCAGCACAUUUUGAUCA